UUCAUUUUAUAAGUAUUCGGAACAAAACUAUACAGCACAAACAAAAUAAGUAUGUUUUUACAAUCUAUGGGACAAAAUAUCUUACUUCUUUGUACUGGUGUUAAAAUAUCACUGUGUUAUUUCCAUUUGAAAAAGGACAACGUUCGUUAGAUACUUGGUUGCAUGAUAUCAAUUUUUUACGCGCCAUAUUCGAUUUAAUUUCAUUAUUUCAAGUCAUGUUCGUUUCAGAAAAAAUAUAUCAACACGACACCUAAAAUCACAAUGAUAAAAAUGGACGCUAAUAACCCUGGGUUUAUUUUUAUUAUUUCAGGCAUAUGUGUACUUUUUUAUGGUGCGGUCAGUGUGUGUUUGUAUACAUAUUCUGCAGACCAUGUACUCGCAAACUUGUUGUUCCAAGGAAAGGUUAUCUGUUGUUUUGGCUUUGUUCAAGCAUUUUUUGGAUGUCUCACAAUGCUACGUGAUAACAUCGUAUUCAACAGAUUUAUGUCUUUUAUAGCAUUUGUCUUAUGGAAUGUGUGGAUUCUGUUGAACAUGAUGAGGAACACAUACCUUGCGUAUAAUUAUGAAAUGGGGUGGAGUUGUCGAUUUGUGUUGUCUGUCAUGUUUGCAGUGCCAUGGGCACUAUCAGUUAAGCGACAGAUCGAGUUACACCGACAACUGAUACGUGAAGGCGACACGAGGCGAAGAAAUUAAGUAGACGAUAGAUUCACUCUACCUUAUUGUGUACCUUUCUGAGGAAAUAACAUUCAUAUUCACAUACCUACGGAAACUCAAACUUUUUACGGUCAAAUGUUGAUGCCACGUGUUUUCAAUGACGAUUUCUAUAUAUGCAUACAUUUAGUCUUCUAAAAAAUCUGGUUUUGUUAAGAUUUAAAGAAAUAAUAUAACAAAAAUGCAUUGUAUUUACAUUAAUAUGCUAAUCUGAUGUAUUGUAUCCCGCUCGUUGAUUGGAUAAAGUUGUAUUCAAACUCGCCCUAAAGGUUCUAUGGAAUCCAACUUUUCACAAUCAACUUUAGCGAUACAUACAGACAUCAUAUCUCAUUAAUAUUGUAAAUGUACAUAUAUCUUCAUCUUUGUUAAGAAUUAUACAUGCACAUAUUUGUUAAGUUGAAAAAACUGCAAUUGUCCUCAGUGCUUUGGGUCAAGCGAGCUACCGGUGGUGACUGCAAGCCAGGUGGAUACAAUCAUCACAAAUGCCAGGUAAAUUUGCAUGAAAAGAGGUGACAGGCGAAUAAUUUUACAAUUCCGUCAGGUUACACGCUGGUCUUUUUUAAGUGUAGUAAAAUUCUAGUUAUCAAAAUAUUAAACCCAAGGCAUGCUUUAAGGAUAAGAAAAAUUAAUAUUCAAAAGUAUCUGUUAUUUCAGCUUUGCGUUCUUCUUUUAAAUAAAUUUUAUUUUCUUCUUUAUAGAUUUUGCAAUCUUCAUUUGCGUCAUUGAAGUGAAUAAUGGUUCUUUAUAGCUUGAUAAAUCAAAGAAAUGUCUUAGGGUUUUAAUCAUUACAAGAUCUGUAUAGAUCGAUGUUUUCCACAAAGAAAUCUACGUUUGAAAACUAUUCAAGGAACACAGUAUAGUAUAGUGUACCGUCAUUGCAAUAUUGUUUUCGCAUGAUAUCAUUUACCGAUAUCAUUUUGAAAAACCGGUCUAUAGCAUAUCAUUCUGAAGCCACCAUCUCAUUCACUGAAAACAAAAAAAAAUUUUAAACAAACAAAAACAUCCAAAAAUAAAUUAAUAGAAUAUUUAUAAAUAAAUAUACAAAAUAAAACAUAUCUAAAUUAAGACGAAAGUAUUACAUUUUGUUUCUUCAAGUUAUAUUGUAUACAGGAAACAUAACUUGCUAAUAGUAGAUCAGUUACACAGUUUGAAGAGUAUACAGUUUGUAUGUCAUUCGUAUACUUAUACCGUAUAUAAAUUGAUGACGACCUCGAUAAGAAAAUAAAUAUCGAAACAAAUUAAGGUUGAGUGAGCACCCACUACUUUAAACGCUAUUUUAAAGUUAUGCAUGAAACAUAAAACAUUAACAUAUCUACCUUGUUGAAAUGUUAAACUUACUUUUAUAUUAACAAUAAACCACUGCAAAAGAAGGAAGAAUUAAGAAUUUAUAAAUAACAAACCGGCAUAAAAUUAGUGAAAAUUUAAAUGAUUUUGCUUAAGGUAUCAUAACAAUUUAAGAAUAGAUGAUUUAGAAUGGAAUUCGAUAUGGAAGAAAAAGUCAAAGAAAAAGUGCAGGAUAUUACGACAAGUCUAUAUGAGAAUACUAGAGUAGGAAGUGAUACUGUGGAAGUAAGUAGAUCCACAGAAGAAAAUAAAUCGAUCAAAGGUAAUUUGCAUGAAUACGAACAUCUAAGAUUAGGCGGUAAAAAAGAGGUUGAAGGCAACACAAGAGUAACGCAUGCAACUGAUGAAAAUAAUGAGCAUUUAGAAAAAGUCGGAGCAAGUCUUGAUGAAGGACAGUAUGAAAAACUCAGAAAAGAAGACAAAUUGUCUGAACAUUCUAUUUCUCAACGCAAGAUACAGACUGAGGAUGUUCAAAUUAAAAGUGAAAUUGCCAACACUAAACAACCUUCACGCCAUGCACUUGUCGAUAACUCUAAUGAUAAUACAGAUAAUCAAGGAGUGCAUAAGGUUGUAACUAAGCAUGUAAAUGCUCUGGAAAAAGAUGUCUUCAGGCGGAUUAGAAUUGUUGUAAUAAUCUUUUCGGUUUUGGUUUUAACAAUAUAUUUGUUCGUGUUUUUAUCAAUGGUACUCGAUUUUUCACCUAAAGGAAAAGAUGGCGGAUGGUCAAACUGGGGAAGUUGGGAAGCAUGUAGCGCGAGUUGCAGUGUAGGUUUGAGGUCACGAAGCCGACUGUGUGACAACCCUGAACCAUCAACGGAUGGGAAACAAUGUCUUGGCAACUCUAAUCAAGCCGACCUUUGUACUAAACCAACCUGUCCAACAUCAUGAAGUGAUCAUAGAGAAUGAUGUUUAGAACGUGUCAAUAUUAGAACGGAGAUUCAUGUAUUUUUUAUAAUCCUCCACGCGGCUUUUAAUAUCAUAAAAGCAUCAGUUGAAUGUAAAUGCUUUCUUCCAUUUAUUUUCAACAUUUUCAGGAUGAGGAACAGUCAAGCGAUCCAAUCGCGUCAACUCGGCGCUUUCCGUCAAACUUCGGUAAAGCACAUAGAACACAAUAGUUAGACUAUACGGAGGUGAUGCGGUAUAGCGGUAUAUAAACCUACGCUAUGAAUCUAAACAUGUAAACAAAUAGUUAUUAAAUGCUACGAGUUGUUGACAACGUUUAUUAUAAUAUUUUUAUAUCGUAGUAAUAUCCAUUUAAAUAAGGAAAAUUUAUAGAUAUAAAAGUAAACAGUACUUUAUUUACAUACUUACUAUUGUGGUUGUGUAAAUUGAAUACAGCUUGACAUAAAGUCGAAUCUGUUUAUAAUUCUACAUCAUUGGGCAUUUUUAAAUUGAUUAUAAUAUUAUGAUUGUUAAACAUAUUUUUCAAUCAUUUUCUUACCGUAAUAUAUUCUGCAUGUCCAAUAUACACAUUCGUUUUUUUUUG